GUUGUUGCCUAAAUGCAAUUACAAAGGAAAUCUAAUUCGAAACUCAUCGAAACAAAGUUUUUGUCGACUGGAUCAUCAUCCACGCACUUGAGAGCUCCGCCGCUCCCUUUCGAGAUUUGGUCUCGCUUCCCAAAUGUUGAAGGUUGGCUGAGACUCACUGACUCACUGAGAUGCUGAAGAUGAUGAUGCGGAAUAUAGCUGCUGCUUCUUUUUAUUGCAGUAGUCGGAGAUGGAGAGGAGGUAUGCCUUGUCUUCACUCUAACUCCACUCUUGUUGUUUUCGACAACAAUUACUUUGCUUUCUUUCACUCUCAACCUUCGAAACCAAUCAAAUCUACAAGAACCCAACUAGACCAGCCAGUGAGAGACUCACCCAAAAUCACAAAUGUUGAGGAUGCUUUCAAUAUGUUUGAUAGAAUGCUCCAAAUGCAUCCUCGGCCUUCAGUUGUUCGUUUCAAUCAAAUAUUGGGUCAAGUUACAAAAUUGAAACAUUACUCGGCCGUCAUCUCGUUGUAUAACCAAAUGGGUAUGUCGAGAAUUGGACAUGAUGUUUAUACCCUAACCAUUCUCAUAAAUUGUUAUUGUCAUCUAAACCAAAUGGGGUUUAGUUUAUCUGUAUUGGGAAAAUUCUUCAAACUUGGUCUUGAACCAAAUGUCUUUACCUUCAACACUCUGAUCAACGGCUUUCUUCUUGAGAAUAGAGUGGCGGAGGUGGCAACCCUUUUCGACAAGAUGAUGAGGGGAGGUAAUUGUCAGCCUGAUGUGGUUACUUAUGGCACACUAGUAAAGGGCUUUUGCAUGAGGGGUGACAACCGUGCAGCUAUUCAAUUGCUUAGGAAGAUGGAGGAAGCGGUUUGCAAGCCUGACCUAGUAGUCUAUAACACAAUCAUCGACAGUCUUUGUAAGGAUACACUAGUUGAUGAUGCAUUAAACCUCUUCUCAGAAAUGAUGUGCAAGGGUAUUUCCCCAAAUGUCAUUACCUAUACAUCCUUGAUGAAUGGAGUUUGCAAAUUAGGCGAGUGGAAAGAAGCUACAAGGUUGUUGAAUGAAAUGGUGAGUAAAAAUAUCUUUCCAGAUGUGUUCACGUUCAGCGUCUUGGUAGACACACUUUGUAAGGAGGGAAUGGUUGUGGAAGCAGAAGGCGUGGUUGAGAUGAUGAUUCAAAGAGAUAUUGAUCCUGAUACAGUUACGUACACUUCACUCAUGGAUGGUUACUGUUUGCGAGGAGAAAUAGGCAAGGCACAAAAUGUUUUUGAACUAAUGCUUAGCAAGGGCUCGAUGGUUAAUGUUGUUUGUUACAACACGUUGAUAAAUGGAUAUUGUAAGCUUAAAAAAAUAGAUGAGGCCAUGAUGCUUUUUCUGGAUAUGUCUCAUAGGGGACUAGUUGCAAAUACCGUUACCUAUAACACUCUUCUGGAUGGUUUUGGCAAAGCAGGUAGAAUACAGGAUACACAAAAGUUGUUCUCUGAGAUGCAAGCUUGUGGCCAACUUCCAAAUGUUCGAACUUAUUCUAUUUUACUGGAUGGCCUGUGUACAAACCGACAACUUUCUAGGGCAAUGCAAUUGUUUGGAGAGAUGGAAGCGAAGAAGUUGGAUAUUGAUAUUGUGAUUUACAAUAUUCUUAUUGAAGGUUUGUGCAUAGCUGGAAAAAUUGAAUCUGCAAGGGAUCUCUUUUGUGGUUUAUCAUCAAAAGGACUUCGACCUGAUGUGAGGACAUACACUAUAAUGAUUAAUGGACUCUGUAUUGCGGGCGUAACAAGUGAAGCAGAAAAGUUUCUUAUCCAAAUGGUAGAGAAAGGCUGUUCUCCUGAUGGUUGCACCUAUAACACAAUUAUCCGAGGGUUCAUCCAUAAUAAACAGACAUCAAGGGCGAUGGUACUUAUUCGAACAAUGGUAGAGAAGGGUUUUUCUGCAGAUGUAUCAACAACGGAGUUGAUAGUUAAUUUACUGUCGAAGGAUGAAGUAGAUCCUGCUUUGUUGCCUUUGAUAAAAAAAUCACUGUGAAAUUAAUAUGCAUUUGUGGACAUUUAGCCAGAUGGUUCAAUUGGAAAACCAUGGAGACUAUGCACAGUGCAAAAAGUAGAAGAUUUCAAGACCCUCUUAAGAAUUUUGCCAUUAUGGUCAGCAAGUAUUUUCUUAGGUCCUAGGUACCCCAAUAGCAGUCCAAUACAGCUUAACAAUCUUGCAGGCUGUCACCAUGGACCGUCAGAUUGGACCUCAUUUUAAAAUCCCAGCAGGGUCUAUAUUAGUCAUUGUCCUAAUCUCCACUGCCGUCUCUCUCACCCUUAUCGACAGGUUCUUGUGUCCCAUGCGGCAGAAGUUGACUGGUCAGUUCCCAACAUCCCUCCAACGCAUAGGAUUAGGCCACGUGUUAAAAUGUUCUUGGCAUCGCUGUUUCAGCACUAGUGGAGUCGAAACAGCUUAAGAUAGCAAAAACCCACGACCUCCAAGACCAGCCUGGUGCUAUAGUCCCCAUGUUUGUUUUAUGGCUCUUCCCAUAGUUAGUUUUGAUGGGCAUUGUAGAGGCAUUCAUUUUCUGGGACAAGUUGCAUUGUACUAUCAAGAAUUUCCGGUGUCAUUCCGAAGCACAUCUACUGCCAUGAUCGCGUUGAUCCUUGGGAUUUCGUUUUAUUUAGGCACAGGUGUGAUUAAUCCGAUUCAAAAGGUUACAAGAUGGCUGCCAGACAAUAUAAACAAUGGGCAGCCAGAAAAUGUGUAUUGGAUGUUAGUUGUGGUGGGGUGAUGUAGAAUGCAUAUUAUUAGUUUUCCUAAUUCUACUUGGAUUAGUUUUCCUAAUUCUUAAAGAUUCCUUCUUGGUAAAGGAUCUCUUAUUAGUUAAUUUGUUUUCCUAAUUCUUAA